AUGCCGUCACAACUCGCCAUCAGCACCAUGUCCUUGGGACGCUGCUUUGCCGGCCACGCUCUCGAACACAAGCUCGACAUGGCGGCGAAGUACAACUACCGCGGCAUCGAGCUCUGGCACGAGGACCUCAUGGACGUGGCCGAACGAUACACCGGCGGCUCGGCGCUCGUGUCGAACCAGCUCGCGGCAGCCCACGACGUGCGGCGGCUCUGCGAAGCGCGCAACCUCCACAUCCUCUGCCUGCAGCCGUUCCAGCACUUUGAGGGCCUCCUCGACCGCGCGCAGCACGCGCGGCGGCUCGACGAGCUCCGCAUCUGGUUCCAGCUGGCGCACGCGCUGCAGACGGACCUCAUCCAGAUCCCGAGCAACGUGCUGCCGCGGGAGCAGGUGUCGGGCGACCUCGCCGACCACAUUGCCGACCUCCGCGAGGUGGCGGACAUGGGGGCGGCGGCGACGCCGCCGCUGCGGUUCUCGUUUGAGUCGCUCGGCUGGGGCGCCGUGUGCGACACGUGGGAGGCGAGCUGGGAGGUGGUGCGCGGGGUGGACCGGGCCAACUUUGGGCUGUGCCUCGACACGUUCAACAUUUGCGCGCGCGUGUACGCCGACCCGACGGCGGCGACGGGGCGGGUGGCGCGGGCGGACGAGGCGGUGCGGGCGUCGAUGGAGCGGCUCGUGGCGACGGUGGACGCGGCGCGCAUCUUCUACGUGCAGGUCGUCGACGCCGAGCGGCUGCGGGCGCCGCUGGGGCCGGGCCACGCCUUUUACGACGCGGCGCAGCCGGCGCGCAUGAGCUGGUCGCGCAACUGCCGCCUGUUCUACGGCGAGCAGGCGCGCGGCGGCUACCUCCCUGUGCGGGCGGUCGCGUCGGCCAUCUUCCAGGGUCUCGGGUUCGAGGGGUGGGUGAGCCUCGAGCUGUUCAACCGGCGCAUGUCGCAGCCGGACCCCGGGGUGCCGGAGGAGCUGGCCAAGAGGGGGGCGGCGUCGUUUGCCAAGCUCGUGCGGGACAUGAGGAUGAGGGUGGAGGAGCCGGUGCUGCCGGUGACGGCGUCUCUGUAG